CAGUAUGUUUCCCUUGUCAAUGGUAGAAAAGAUGCUCUCCCUGCCUUCAAGAGUUUGAGAAAUUUUUAGAAAACAAAAAUACUUAAAAUCAAUAAAUAUUUAUAGAGAAAGUGAUACACUGAGAGAGAAAGGAAAAAGAUGACACAGGAAGGCGAAAAGCAUAGUAGCAGUGAAAUGGUUCGUAGAGUGCUACUCAUAUCUGCUGGGGCUAGCCAUUCUGUAGCCCUCCUCUUUGGAAAUGUUAUUUGCUCUUGGGGAAGGGAAGAAGAUGGACAGUUAGGCCAUGGGGACUCUAAGGAUCGGCUUUCUCCUACUCAAUUGAGUUCAUUGGAUGGACUAGAUAUAGUAUCUGUAACUUGUGGAGCUGAUCAUACAACUGCAUACUCCCAGUCCCAAAUGCAAGUUUACAGUUGGGGAUGGGGUGAUUUCGGGAGGUUGGGUCAUGGGAACUCCAGCGACUUGUUUUCUCCUCAACCAAUCAAUGCAUUACAGGGUUUACGGAUUAAACAAAUUGCUUGUGGGGACAGCCAUUGUUUGGCAGUGACCAUGGAAGGUGAAGUGCAGAGUUGGGGGCGAAAUCAAAAUGGUCAACUAGGCCUUGGGACGACGGAGGAUUCUCUUGUGCCAUGGAAGAUUGAAGCUUUCAAGAGAGUAUCUAUCAAAAUGGUCUCUGCUGGUGCUGAACAUACAGCUGCAGUAACAGAAGAUGGUGACCUUUAUGGCUGGGGGUGGGGUCAAUAUGGAAAUCUGGGAUUAGGUGAUAGAAAUGAUCGCUUGAUUCCCGAGAAAGUUUCAACUGUCGAGGGAGAAAAGAUGGUUAUGGUGGCAUGUGGAUGGCGGCAUACAAUAGCUGUCUCCAAUAUGGGUAGUUUGUAUACCUUUGGGUGGAGCAAGUAUGGUCAACUAGGACAUGGAGAUUUUGAAGACCACCUAAUCCCUCAUAAGCUAGAAGCCUUGCAUGAAAAAUGUAUUUCUCAGAUAUCGGGUGGUUGGAGACACACAAUGGCACUGACAACAAAUGGAGAACUUUACGGUUGGGGCUGGAAUAAGUUUGGACAAGUUGGUGUUGGUGACAAUGUUGAUCAUUGCUCACCUGUACAAGUCAAAUUUCCACUUGACGAGAAAGUAGUAGAUAUCUCAUGUGGUUGGAGGCAUACACUCGCUGUAACGGAAAUGCAGAAUGUGUUUUCGUGGGGAAGGGGCACAAACGGACAGCUUGGCCAUGGGGAUACUCUGGACAGAAAUGUCCCAAAGAUCAUUGAGGUAUUGAGGAUGGAUGGAUCAACUGGACAGCAGAUAGAGGCCUCAAAAGUUGAUAUAUUAUCGGAAAAAAGUUGGGUCUCACCAUCUGACAGAUAUGCUGUUGUUCCUACUGAGAACGUAUCAUUUGGCGGUAAUGGUAAUGAUGUAAAUGUCCCUGAGAGCGAUGUAAAAAGGAUGCGGAUAUGAAUUUCUUGACUUCCACGAAGUGAAGUGCGUCUCCUUGUUAAACUUGUUUAUAUGUUGUUUAGAGGAGGAAAAACAGAUAUUCCUCCUACUCAGUUUAAGUUCAUGUUUUCAUGCAAUUUGUUAAUGUCACACUGAUUAAUCAGUGUAAUGUGUGGGAACAAAUUGAUUAAUCAGAAGACACUGUCAUUUCGAAAUGAAUUAUUCAAAGAGGAGAUUAUUGUGAA